UUCUCAUGGAGGAUUUUCAGGAACUAACAGGAAAGCAGGAGAAGCUCUGAAACUUUACACGCUCUGUCGCGCUGCGUGUGACGCGCGGCCUCUCGAGAGUGUUUGGAGUGGAUUUGGACUAUAUUUUGGACUAUAAUUCGUUGUUUCGGCGAUGGCCGGUGUGUGUGCUCCGGUUCCGCCGCUCUGGUAUCACCGGGAUCUGAGUCGCGCGGCGGCGGAGGAGCUGCUGGCGCGCGCCGGGCGGGACGGGAGUUUCCUCGUGAGGGACAGCGAGAGCGUGAGCGGCGCAUACGCGUUAUGCGUGCUGUUUCAGAAACACGUCCACACAUACAGGAUUCUACCUGAUGAGGAGAACUUCCUGGCAGUGCAGACAUCACAGGGCGUUCAGCCAAAACGCUUUAAGACUCUUCCUGAGUUGAUUCAGUUGUAUCUUCAGCCGAGUCAAGGGCUGGUGACCACACUGCUGUUUCCAGUGGAGAGAGAAGAAACCACAGAGGAAAAAGAUUACUCUGAUGGUGAGGAUGAAAAGCCACCCCUCCCUCCACGUACUGCCUCUACUAGCAGCCCUGCAGGCUCCGCCCUCACUACUCCAGACACGCCCCCUGAGAAUGUAACGGCGUCCAACGGUUUGAGCACCAUCUCUCACGAGUAUCUCAAGGGCAGUUACGCUCUCGACCUGGAGGCCGUGAAACAGGGCGCACACAACCUGCCACACCUCAACAAAACACUGGUGGCGUCCUGCAAACGACUGCAUGGAGAGGUGGAUAAGGUUUUGUGCGGUCUGGAGAUCUUGUCGAAGGUUUUCGAUCAGCAGAGCGCCUCCAUGGUGUCCAGAAUGAUCCAACAGUCGAUGUCUCAGGGUGGAGAUCAGGAGUUGGAGCAUCUGGUCACUAAACUGGCCAUCCUCAAAGAUCUGCUGUCAUCUAUAGAGAAGAAGGCUCUGAAGGCGUUACAGGAUAUGAGCUCCACUGCUCCGCCCAUCUCACCUCUGCUGACCAUCAGACACAACAAAACUAUUCCUGUACAAACCUUUGAGGUAAAGCUGGACGUGUAUUUGGCCGAUUUGACAAAGAUCGGGAAGAGUCAGAAAUAUUCACUCAGUGUGGACGUGGAAGGCGGGAAACUGGUGGUGAUGAAGAAAAUGAAAGACGCACAAGAAGACUGGAACACAUUCACCCACGACAAGAUACGGCAGCUCAUUAAGUCUCAGCGUGUGCAGAAUAAACUUGGAAUCGUCUUUGAGAAGGAAAAAGACAAAAGUCAGCGGAAAGAUUUCAUCUUUGCCAGUGCUAAAAAAAGGGAAGCGUUCUGUCAACUGCUGCAACUCAUGAAAAACAAACAUUCCAACCAGGACGAGCCGGAUAUGAUUUCAGUCUUUAUUGGGACAUGGAACAUGGGUGGCGUUCCCGCUCCAAAAUCGAUGGGAUCGUGGAUUUUAUCUCGUGGUUUGGGGAAAACCCUGGAUGAGAUGGCAGUUUCAAUACCUCACGACAUCUACGUCUUCGGUACGCAGGAGAAUUCGGUGUUUGAUAAAGAUUGGGUGGAGACGCUCCGCUGUACCCUCAAAGAGUACACAGAGAUCGACUAUAAACCGAUAGCCGUACAGACGCUGUGGAACAUUAAGAUUGUGGUGUUGGUGAAGGCAGAACACGAGAACCGCAUCAGUCACGUGGGAAUGUCCAGCGUCAAAACAGGAAUCGCCAAUACACUCGGAAACAAAGGGGCAGUGGGCGUGUCUUUCAUGUUUAAUGGAACAUCAUUCGGCUUCGUUAACUGUCACCUGACGUCCGGCAAUGAAAAAAUCCACAGACGGAACCAGAAUUAUCUAGACAUCCUGCGUCAGCUGUCAUUGGGGGAUAAGCAGCUAAACUCCUUUGACAUUUCACUGCGAUUCACACACCUGUUCUGGUUCGGUGAUCUGAACUACCGUCUGGACAUGGACAUACAGGAAAUCCUGAACUACAUCAACAGGAAGGAGUUUGAACCGUUGUUGAAGGUGGACCAGCUAAAUCUGGAGAGAGAGAAGAACAAGGUCUUCCUGCGAUUCGCGGAGGAGGAGAUCACUUACCCCCCCACAUAUCGCUACGAGCGCGGGUCACGUGACACAUACGUGUGGCAGAAACAGAAAGCUACGGGGAUGCGGACGAACGUUCCUUCAUGGUGUGACAGAAUUCUCUGGAAAUCUUAUCCUGAGACCCACAUAGUCUGCAACUCUUAUGGCUGCACUGAUGAUAUCGUCACCAGCGAUCACUCGCCCGUGUUCGGCAUGUUUGAGGUCGGCGUCACCUCACAGUUUGUCUCUAAGAAAGGGCUGCCGAAGUCUUCAGAACAGGCACAUAUCGAGUUUGAAAACAUUGAAGCCAUUGUUAAAACCGCCAGCAGAACCAAGUUCUUCAUUGAGUUUUAUUCCACGUGUCUAGAGGAGUUUAAGAAGAGUUAUGAAAAUGACACUCAGAGCAGCGACAACAUUAAUUUCCUGCGUGUGGGCUGGUCGUCUAAACAGCUGACGACGCUGAAGCCCAUCCUGUCUGAUAUUGAGUAUCUACAAGAUCAACAUCUGCUGCUCACUGUGAAAUCUCUGGACGGAUACGAGUCAUACGGUGAGUGUGUGUUGGCACUGAAGUCGAUGAUUGGCAGCACAACGCAGCAGUUUCACACAUAUCUGUCUCACCGCGGUGAAGAGACCGGAAACAUCCGUGGGUCCAUGAGGGUCAGAGUGCCGUCAGAACGCAUGGGCACCAGAGAACGACUCUAUGAGUGGAUCAGUGUUGAUAAUGAUGAGACUGGUGGACCAAAAGGCAGAACGCUGCCAACUAGAGCCGGACACGAUUAUGUCAAACCAACAACAAGCAGGAAGUUGGGGUCAGCUGACCUCGGGAAAGUGUCAGAGGAGGGUGACAAGAGCAUCAGCGGGCGUCAUAUACACACACACACUACUAAAGACGACAACACACAGAACAGAGGGAAACAGGAUCCUUUUGAAGGUGAUGCCGCAACAUGCAAAAACAGCUUCAAUAACCCCGCCUACUACAUUCUAGAAGGAGUUCCCAACCAAUCAGCAGCUUUGGCCUCUGACAUGCUCCCAAGCUCCGCCCUCCCUCCUGUAUCCAAUAAAACAGCUCCCCUUAUGGGUGGCAUGGGGAAAAACAAGCCACCCAGUGGCAGCUCAGUGCAGGGCCGCAGGCAGACAAGUGGACGCCCGGUUCGCCCCAUCAGCGAGGAAGGGUCCUCAGAGGAUGACGCCAACAUCGGUGGUCACAUCGGGUCGCUAAAUCGCCCUCCGCCUGAUUUCCCCCCUCCCCCACUACCCAAAGGAGCUCUAGAGAUGGCGGAAAACUCCUUUGGCAAACCACGGAUGUUUCCGGAUCUCGCCGAUGUCCUGCCCGCGUCUGCGGUUACUUCAAAACCUCUGUCAUCUCCCAGUUUCAUACCUCCCUCUGGAGGAGGCGUGGCCUUCUGCCUGGAAUCUCCGCCCAUGCUGAACCCAAGUGACACCCCAUUUCGUCGAGGGGGCGGGGCUUCGGGACUGGAUGACCAGUCGUGUUCAGUGUUGCAGAUGGCCAAGACGUUGAGUGAAGUGGAGUAUCCGUCAGGGCGAGAGCGGGGAUGCACUGGGGGGGUGAUGAAGGGGGCGGGCGCUCCUCACCUGCGCGGUCUGACCUUCCCCCCACGCUCCAUACAGGAGGAGAGCAUCGCAGAAGACCUGCCUGAGGAGGGUCUGUGGCACGCAGGCAGCAGCUGCAGCAGUCUGUCAGUUGACUGCAGUGUUGGCGAGUGGCUGCAGAGACUCGGCAUGCAGCAUUAUGAGGAGGGACUCCUGCACAACGGCUGGGACGACCUGGAGUUCCUCAGUGACAUCACAGAGGAGGAUCUGGAGGAGGCGGGUGUUCAUGACCCCGCCCACAAGAAGAUCCUAUUGGCCAGUCUGAAGCAGCAGCAGCAGAAAUGAGCCAGUCCCGAUCCGGACGGUCCAAACCGGAUCAAACCAGAACUAUGCCUUUUGAAGCGAAACAUUGCACUGCCAAGUCCUUUUAAUUUAACCUGUUGUUAUAAAGCUGGUUGUUAUCAUUUAUGAUAUUAUUUAAACAAGUCGAUGUGUAAAAAAAAAAAAAAAAUGGAUGUUACACUACAAAGCCCCGCCCACAUCCUGAGAAUACUUCCUGCUGUCUGAAUUUGGAGGAAGUGAUGUCAUCAGAACAUUCCUCACCGUUGUGUUGUUGUGACUGAAGUGUUAAUUAAUAAUUCGUUUUUUGCAUGUUUUAUGACUUUAAAGGAAAGGGAAUUAAGCCGAACUCGGCCGUGACUGAUGCCUAAACAAACUUGAAAGAGUUUUGUCAUUGGUGUUUUAAUAAUUGUGCGUUUCUGUGUGUGUGUUUGUGUUUACGUACACAAGGGACACUCGUAUCACUUCAUUCAGUGUGUCGUUUGUACGUUUAUCUGUCGCGUUUAAUAUUUACAGUCUCGUACAGGCAUUUAAGAUCUUUGCACAGAUCUUAAUGUGUGUGUCUUAUAAAGCGUUCAAUGUCCCACAUGCCUUUAAAUACUUCAUUUCAACAGAAGCAGUUUGGCUCUUUGAUCGGAAACCCUCAUGUCGUUCCAAACCUGUAUGACCUUCUGUCUUCCAUGGAACAUAAAAGGAGACAUUUAGCAGAAUGGUCACAUUGCUAUUUUGCAUAGUGACCACCAGGGGCGAAUCUAGGAUUUCUUAGGGGGGCUCAGCCCCCAAUGACACUAUUAAGUGGGUCACACACCGGACUCGUCUGGCGGACGACAUGGUGAGUUCUAAAAAUUGGAAACAACUGUUUUCAGUGAAGGUACGCACACCGCCGCUGCCACUCGGUGUCUGUCGGCGCCGCCCAGAUAAUGCGGAAGCUGCCACGCCACGGAGUGCAACUCGCGUAUCAUUUUCAAAGGACGUCGAUUAUUUACUUUAGCGUUCUUCAUUCUUGAAGAGGGGAAAAACCUUGGUAACUUUUGUGUGUACUGUCUGCCACCUUAACCGUAUCGACAUGCCAUGUGUUUGAUACUUGUUCCAUGUCCUAACCGCGACGCAACACAGUGUGGCGCUUCUCGUCCGGUGUGCGACCGCCUUCAGAUGUGCACAAUUUUUCUCUUUGUAACUUGAUGGAUGCAAACAAAAGGAUAACAUUGUUGAAUAAGUUUUGCAUUAGUGCAAAAACAGCUUAACUUUAUGUAACACUUUAGUUAAAAACAAGACUCAAGCCAGUAUCAUUCCGAUUAGAUGUGUCAUAUUGGAAACCGUUGCAAAAUAGCCGAUAAACGCACACCUGUGACAUCUGCUUGGAUCUAUAUUAACAUGGAAAAAUACCGUGUUUUUUUGUUUUUUUAGAUGUGCACAUUUAAUGUAUUCCACUCUUUAGCAUAGAUAAGUGUGGGGGGGUUUUCUGUGUUUACAUCAUUCAAGAUAGCUGGCUAAUAUUCAUUCAGAAUUUGGUAAUUUUCUAUAAUAAACACACUUAUAAUGUUAUUAAAAAUCUGAAACCGUUUAAAGAACCAUUCAAAUACUCCUUUUUUUAUUUUACAUUUAUUAACUAAAGAAAUUUGUAUUAUAGAAAAUCAACAACUCGUGAUUCUUUUGAAUUUGUUCAAAAGAGAAAAUCACUCCGAAAAGAGAUUUUAAUUUCAGUAGAAUAACCCUGGUAAAAUAAAGGUAUUAUAUAAGAGUAGUUCACUGAUUCUUUUUUGUAAAUCACACUUUUGCACCAGUAGGUGGCAACAAAUCAACGUUUUUCAUGUGUUUUGAGUCAUUAAAGCAUUUAUAAAGCACAGAGACCGAAACAAGUCUAAUUAUACUUCAUCAAACAACAAAGAUUAUAAUUUUGUGAACUGCUGUGCAUGACCAUGGAAUAUACAAAAAAGAUGACAUAGCCUAUAAGUAAUUACAGGCUUUAAUUACCUCCUGAUAUCAUUGUAAUGUCAUUAGUCACUUUUACUCUUUUUCUUUUUUUUUCUCUCUUCUCCCCCAAUUUGGAAUGCCCAAUUCCCAAUGCGCUCUAAGUCCUCGUGGUGGCGUAGUGACUCGCCUCAAUCCGGGUGGCGGAGGACGAAUCUCAGUUGCCUCCACGUCUGAGACCGUCAAUCCGCGCAUCUUAUCACGUGACUUGUUGAGUGUGUUACCGCGGAGACGUAGCGUGUGUGGAGGCUUCACGCUAUUCUCCGCGGCAUCCACGCACAACUCACCACACGCCCCAUUGAGAGCGAGAACCACAUUAUAGCGACCACAAGGAGGUUACCCCAUGUGACUCUACCCUCCCUAGCAACCGGGCCAAUUUGGUUGCUUAGGAGACCUGGCUGGAGUCACUCGGCACACCUUGGAUUCCAACUUUCGACUCCAGGUGUGAUAGUCAGCGUCAAUACUCGCUGAGAUACCCAGACCCCAGUCGCUUUUACUCUUAAUUAAUCCAGCCCCUUU